CUAAUAAAGUAUGUAAACCAAGUAUUGUUAAUUAUAGUUAAACAAUAAGAAAGGCAAGUUUUGCCACUGCAACCUCAUCCAAAGCGAAACCUUGAUGCUCUAAAACCCCAUAACAAUGGCGGUUACCUCUAAAACCCUUCCAAUUCCUCCAUCACCAGACUCCUUAAACUCUCUCUACACUAAAACCCAUCUUCCCAAAUCACUUUCUCUCACCAAAACUCACCCUCUUUCUCUUCGAAAACUCCCUCAAUUCUCCCUUCUCAACCCCAAUUCCAGCUCCACAACCACCACUACCACCAACUUCAGCUCUCGGAUUACCGAGCUUUGUUUCCAUGGAAGCUUAGAUGAAGCUCUCAACCUUCUCAAUUCUGUUGUUAAAGACCUCAACCUGUUUGUCGAAGACGAUGCCAUUGUUGCUCUGCUCAAGCUUUGCGAAUGGCGGAGAGCGAUUAAGCAAGGUUUGCAGGUAUAUUCCUAUAUUUGUGACUCGAAAAAGAUUAAGAGUUUUGAUAUUAGACUUGGAAAUGCAUUGUUGAGUAUGUUUGUGAGGUUGGGUAAAUUGAAUGAUGCUUGGUAUGUGUUUGGGAAAAUGGAGGAGAGAGAUUUGUUUUCAUGGAAUGUGUUAAUUGGUGGGUACGCGAAAGCCGGGUUUUUCGACGAGGCAUUGAUUCUGUAUCAUAAGAUGUUAUGGGCUGGUGUUAGGCCUGAUGAGUAUACUUUCCCUUGUGUUUUGAGGACUUGUGGCGGUAUGCCGGAUUUAACGAGGGGUAGGGAGGUUCAUGUUCAUGUAAUUCGAUAUGGUUUCGAGUCUAAUAUUGAUGUGAUUAAUGCUUUGAUUACAAUGUAUGUGAAAUGUGGUGAAAUUGUUAGUGCACGCUUGGUGUUUGAUAGAAUGCCUCAAAGAGAUAGGAUUUCAUGGAAUGCGAUGAUUUCGGGGUGUGUAGAGAAUGGAGAGUGUUAUGAGGGGCUACGAUUGUUUCUUAUGAUGCGUGAAGUUGGGGUUAUUCCGGAUUUGAUGACUAUGACAUGUGUAGUUUCGGCUUGUGAGGCUGUGGAUGAUGAGAGGUUAGGGAAGGAAGUUCAUGGGUAUGUUAUAACCAGUGGUUUAAGUGUUGAAGUUGCAGUUUGUAAUUCAUUAAUUCAAAUGUAUAUAGGUACUGGAAAUUGGGUUGAAGCAGAAAGAAUUUUUGCUAAUAUGCCAUGUAAAGAUGUAGUGACAUGGACCUCAAUGAUUUCUGGUUAUGAAAGUAAUGGUUUUCCUGAAAAGGCAAUACAGAGUUUUAAAUUAAUGGAGAAUGAGGGUAUCGUGCCAGAUGAGAUCACUAUUGCUAGUGCCAUAUCAGCAUGUGCCUCGUUAAAUCUUCUAGACAUGGGUAUGAAACUUCAUGAUCUAGCUGUUAGAACAGGAUACAUUUCAUAUGUAAUUGUUUCUAAUACAUUAAUUGAUAUGUACUCCAAGUGUAAAUGUAUUGAUACGGCUUUAGAAGUUUUCCAUCAAAUCAAAGACAAGAACAUAAUAUCAUGGACUUCAAUCAUCUCUGGGCUUCGACAAAACAACAGGAGCUUCGAGGCAUUAUUUUUCUUUCGGCAGAUGAAACUUUCUUUAAAUCCUAAUUCGGUCACUUUGAUUUCCGCCCUUUCUGCAUGUGGCAGGAUAGGAGCACUAAUGUGUGGAAAAGAGAUCCAUGCGUAUGCCUUAAGGACCAUGUUGCCGUUUGAUGGAUAUGUACCAAAUGCAAUUCUAGAUAUGUAUGUUAGGUGUGGUAGGAUGGGACUUGCAUGGAACCAGUUCAAUGGAUGGGGUAAAGACAUUGCUGCAUGGAAUAUUAUGCUCACUGGUUUUGCAGACCGAAAGCUGGGAGUACUUGCUGUGGAGUGCUUUCAUAAAAUGCUAGCUUCAAAUGUAAACCCAGAUGAAAUUACCUUUAUAGCAUUACUUUGUGCCUGUAGUAGGACUGGCAUGGUGGCCGAAGGGUUGGAAUAUUUUGACAGCAUGGAAACUAAGUAUUAUGUUUCUCGAAAUCUGAAGCAUUAUGCUUGCAUAGUUGAUUUGCUAGGACGUGCUGGUAAUCUAGAGGAUGCUUAUGCAUUUAUUCAAAAUAUACCUCUUGAGCCAGAUCCAGCUAUUUGGGGAGCCUUAUUGAAUGCCUGUAGGAUUCAUCAGAGUGCCAAGCUUGGGGAACUUGCAGCAAAUAAAAUCUUUGAAGUUGAUGAACAUAGUAUUGGAUAUUAUGUUCUUUUGUGUAACCUAUAUGCUGGUUGUGAUAAAUGGAAUGAACUUGCUAGAGUAAGAAAGACGAUGAAGGAGAGAGGUUUAAUUGUUGACCCUGGCUGUAGUUGGAUAGAAGUGAAGGGGAAAGUACAUGCAUUCCUCAGUGAUGAUGAGUCCCAUCCUGAGAUAAAAGAAGUACAUGCUGUUCUGAAAUCCUUUUAUGAGAAAAUGGAAGCAGCUGGAAUUGAUAAGGCUGAGACUCUUUCUGAAAAUGCUUCAAAAGCAGAGGUAUUCUGUGGUCAUAGCGAAAGACUGGCCAUUGGAUUUGGGCUUAUCAACUCUGCCCCAGGGACACCUAUUUGGAUUACUAAAAAUCUUUAUAUGUGUAAAAGCUGUCAUAAUGUUGUAAAAUUUAUUUCAAAAGUUGUUAGGCGAGAAAUUUGUGUUAGGGAUACCGAACAUUUUCACCACUUCAGGAAUGGUGUUUGCUCUUGCGGUGAUGAGGAUUACAAGGAAACAUUGUAUAUUAGUCAUAUUUCGUGUACAAUGUAGUUGUAAAUAUAAUUAUCCCUACAUUUUUGUGCCAUAAGGGGCUUUCUUCACUUUGAAAGGGCUCUAUGAGACUGGUGGUUGCGGCUUUGCUGCUGCUACAACCUCACAGUUAUACUGUCCGCAUCUUGCUCAUAGAUCUCAUACAAGAACACUGGUCAAGUUUCUAAGAGAUAUAGUCUCUAGAAACUUGGUAUCUUUGGUAGCCACAAACUGCACUACCAUUAUAUUUGAAAGGCAUAAAAGCCAUUUCUAUUCUUAUUUCUAUUCUUUGGAAUAGGUCUAAUUAAAAUUGGCUCGUGCUGAGUACUCUGGUGAGCCAGUGGCAAACACUGCAGCUAUUCUUUCGAUCUUGAACCUCUUCAGUUCAUCUCUGUGCACAAAAGGCCUUUGAACAAAAAGGAGCUUAUUCGAAAAGACGAUGAUGUAGUUACUAUUAACGACAAUGCUUUGACUGUUCUUGAACCCAAAUUGAAGGUGGACUUAACAGCAUAUGUUGAGAAGCAUGAAUUUUGUUUUGAUGCUAUUCUGGAUGAGCAUGUAACAAAUGAUGAGGUAUAUCGUGGUACAGUUGAACCAAUCAUUCCAUUUGAGCCUAUUGAAAUCUUAAAACUGAUCUCUUUAUAUAGAGUGUAUUGGGUUAGAUAACAAGAUUAUUGUCUUAGAUACUCUGAGAUCUUUUAGAUAUUAUCAGUAAUUUUUGUGAUAUUGUCUCAGAUAAAUUUGUCACCUAAAUAUUCACAAAUUUCUGGUGUCUACAAAUCUUGAUUCUCUGUACUUGCCGUUGUGUUAAUAAUAGAUUCAUGAUAAGACUAAGACGGUGUAGUUUGCCAGUUAACUGUUAAUUUCAUAGGAUUUUUCAUGAGGAUUCUGUUGCACAGCACAUUAGUCUGUGUUGAUCCAAAUUCAAUAUGAUGAGGGUUUACAGGAUCAGUUAUGCUGAACCAAAACUUUUCGUCUGUAAUAAGGUAGUUUUGCACUUGGUAACUCACAAUGUAGCAUUAUGGAGUUUUAGGAAAUUUUGUUGGUGAAAUAACAGGCGACUAUAUGGAUUUGUUGGUGGGAUGGUUGGUAAGUAGAUAUAUAGAUCUGCCAGCCAUUCCAGACCAACAAUAUACUUCGUAUAUUGCAAACAUGAUUGUCCUGGAAAGUUGAACUUUAAUCUAAUAGCAGCGUUUUUUGCUUUUGGAGUACAUGUCUGCAAGGAAUAUUGUCAGGUGUCCUGUUGUGGUAUUAUGUUGUUAUUUCAGUAAGUAAUCUUUUCUGUUAAAUAAGAUUCCUGGUGGAAAAUUCUGAUUUUCUGUUAGGGGAAGCUUGUAAGGUGUGGAAAGAAAGUGGUAAUGAAAAGGGGAGAGAAGUAAGAGAAAGGCAUUGAAAAUAUAUAAAGAGAGUAUUGGGAGAGCUCACUUCUCAUAGAGUGGGAAAUAUCUUGUAUUGAAUCAAUCACUUUGAUCUAUUAAUACAACUAUAUCUUCCUGUAGACUGCUUGAAUUUCUCUCUGGUGAAUGUAGUAAUUCGUAGUAGUGUCAAGUCAAUUAUGGUAGAAUAUUCUCCAGUAGGAGUUGAAAUUCUAGUCCAGUGUAUGCUACUUCUAGUACUAUUAUAAAUGAUUUGGAUAUGUUUUAUAAGCAUUGCACUUCAUCCGGUUACCAAAUUAUUUGACAGAGAAAUUGCUCCUGAACAAGGAAAGAAAAAAAAAAUUUCAUUUCUUUCAUUCUGUGUAGUUGAAAGUAUGGGCAGAACAACCCUUGGGAUAAUGAACAUCAAGAAUUUCUAUUAAGCUGCCGUCUCUGAGGAAAGAUUAAAUAGGGAACACCUAAGACUUCAAGAAACAAAAUUCGUUAAGAGUAAAGCGAAAUGUUGAGACUCUCACAACACUAAUGCAUGAUUGGUUAUGUGCUUAUCUCUGAUAGAAGGCACUAAAACGUUUGGAAGAGUUAAAAAGCUGGCUUGAAGCCACAAGGUUGUUUCAUUGUAUGAUAACAUAUUGUCAGGGGCGACAGCAGAACAGUACACAUGAUCCAGAAAUCAGAAGUCUUGAACAUUUUCUAGAGAAAUGAAAAAUAUGGCAUGACUGUUGAUAUUGGCACUGCAGUUCAAUGGUUGUGUCUUGAAUGACCACGAGGUAUUAAUGUAAGAUUGAGAGGACGGGAGGGGAACUUGCUGAAGCUUUGCAGAAGACCAUUUCCACCUGAUUGGGGUGCAUUUAGUAACACCUCAGUGGCAUCUCGACCAUCUGAUGAAUUGGAAUAAGAUGAUGUUGACUUAUCCUUGUACUUCCUAUAACCUUAUUUGCUAAUCAUAGGAAAAAAAUAUAUUACCGUUUCUUGAAUUUCAAACUUUAAUUAUAGUACGUAUGGUAUAUGAAGGUACACACUAGUCACUAAGUACUCUUUUCAAACAAGCUGUAAAUGAAUCAUUUUUUUAAUUCAUCUAAUUUUUUUUCCCCCACUUUUAUGUGGUAUGCUCUUCAUGUCAAGAGUU